GGUGAAAAGCAGUUAACAAAUAGGCGAUUUGCUUCGUUUGUAUUUGGCCGAUUUCGGAGAAUGCAUACACAAGGUUAAACGGCGUCGUUAAAGAAUUGGAUUGGCGGGUUCUGAUAAGCAUCGUUAAUUGGUGGGCUGGAUUUGUGAUCCUAGAGUGUAUAGAGCAGGAAGAAACCAGUCAUUUAAAGGGCGGAGUACAUGAACUCGUACUAUCCAAUGCUACAAAUUAUAGCCAUCGUCUCUUGGAUCUGAUUCUCGCUCAGAGACUUCUCUCUGGACCAAAAGGCAAUUAAAAAGCUGGGUAGGCUUUGGCUGGUGCUUCCAUAUUAUUCUGAACACUGUGGUCAGGUUUCAUCGGCAGUUUAGUAGCUGUAGCAAAAACAUCAGCAAGAUACGGUUCGGUCAUAGGAUGGUCAAUGUCGAUUUCUGAAUCUGUUUUUUCAAGAUGUUGCGUCCAUGAUGCAAGUAAACUCAAGUCAGAUCUAAAGGACUUCCUUUAGCCCUUUUGGUUAUCUGUUGUUCUGGAAAGAACUGGUUUUACUCAGAGAGAUCUUCAAGCUGCACAGAUGCUUCCUGUGCCUAGCAAGGUUUUGAGUUCUGAUAUGAAGGAUUUAGUCUAUGCUGUAAGACGUGUGUACUCUGCUGUUCCAGACAUUUUUGUUAUAACAGUGGCUAUUCCUAAAAUUUCACCUGCGCUCACACUUGAAAGAGUAAUUAAAGGGGGACAUUCUGUGGUGCAUCUGUACAUCAAGCGGCAUGCGACUGAAAAAUGGCUUCAAACUGAUGAUGCUGUGGAGAAGUUGUGCACAGAAAUACUGGCAGCCAAGGAUGCAUUAUUGGACGAACAUAUAGCAGAUCAAACUUUUGGUGAUAAACGAUUGGAAGCUAUUGGUCGGCCAGCAAAGUGUUUCUUGGUUGUUAUAUCAUUACUUGUGAUGUGGGCUCUAAAGUUGAACUCUGUCUGCUGUUCUACACUGCUUAUAUUGGGUGCUGCCCUCCUAACUGGCCGGAUGCUUGCUCUGUUUGGCUGUGGAGUGCUUUCGAUGUUGCAGUCUUUAAUGGGAAUCGCUUUAGCAAGCAUUACUUGGUCAGAUCACCUCGAGCCCAUCUGUGUCAUGUUGAUUCAUAUGGUUUGUGAAUCGAUCUCGGUGAUGCCUGUGUGUAAAGAGUGGUGAUGGAUGAUCCAGAAAGUUUUCUAUUAGACUUCUGUAUAUAAUGGUAGUCUGAAAUUGCUACAAAAUUAUGACGAGCUUGAUAUGGAGUUACAACUUACAAGCAUUUUAAAUUAACAUAUGGUAUAGCCGUAUAGGAGUCAUGAGCGAUGUUUCUUCUGUUAGGAGGGUGCAAUUGUAAAUUUACCGCUUCUGUUUACCAUAACCAUGACCCGAUCUAUAUAUAUAUUUGGUGCACUUUAUACACCCAGCAAAAUUAUAAAAUUUCUAAAUAAACCCAGCAAUCUUCCGAUAAUACCCUUUUUUUAUUAAACCCAGCAAAAAUCAAGAAUAAAUUCACACCCAGCAAAACCCUUUUCAGCCAAACGAAACCCCGAACGCCACAGAAACGAUUCAUCUCGCCUCAUGCUUUGCUGUUGGAUCCCAAAUUCUACCGUCGCUAACCGACCCUUUUCUCACCCAGCAAAACC